CUCUCUGCCCGCUUUGCACAACUUGCUUUGUGUACUCGUAGAAAUAGAAGAAGAUAUAAAUAAGCAAAGGAUGGGUUGCCAGAACGUGGAAGGAAGAAGAGAAGGGAAAUGGGGAGGAAGGAGGAGAGGCUACGAGUAGCAUUGGAGGUGAAGAUACCGAGCUAUUUCCGGUGUCCGAUAUCGCUGGACGUGAUGAAGUCUCCGGUGAGCCUAUGCACCGGGGUCACCUACGAUCGCACCUCCAUCCAGCGCUGGCUGGACUCCGGCAACAACACGUGUCCGGCAACCAGGCAGCCCCUCCCUUCCACCGACCUCGUCCCCAACCUCACCCUCCGGCGACUCAUCCACCUCUGGUCCUCCUCCUCCUCCGCCGACGUCGCCGUCCCCCACCGCCUCCGCGGCGGAGACAUCCUCGGCGAGCUCCGCGCCGCUUCCGCGGAUCCCGUCCCGGCCCUCCGGAGGCUCGCCGAUUUCUUCUCCGAUGACGAGAACGACGAAUUCGGGAAGAAUAAUCUCGUCGAUGCCGGUGGUUGCGCCGCCGUUGUCGUCUCCAUUCUUGUAAAGAAGAAGAACGAGGACGAUGACGGAUUUUUGGAGACGUUGGAGUUGGCGAUCAGGGUUCUUGCUUUGAUAUUGACCUCCGAUUUCAUCGAAGAGGGAAACAAGAAGAUCGCGAUCUCCGCCCUCAUUUCAGAUCUCAACGGAUCGGUUUCCGCUUUGGUUUCCGUGCUGAAGAACGGAAGUAGCCUCGAAUCGCGGAUCGACGCGGCCAGGGUGCUUGAAUCGAUCAUUGGAUCGCCGGAGACGAAGCCUGCGAUCGCCGAGAAGGAGGAGGUGAUCGCGGAGCUGAUCCGGCUGAUCGGGCCGUCGGAUGAUAAAGGGACGAUGGAUCGGAGGGCGGUGGAGGUGGGGCUGGGGUGCCUGGCCGGGAUCGCGGGGGUAAGGCGGGCGAGGGCGCGGAUGGUGCGGCUCGGGGUGGUGGCGGCGGUGACGAGAGUGCUGGCGGCGGAUGCGGAAUUGGCGUCGACGGCAGCGGAGAGGGCGAUGCGGGUGAUGGAGGCGGCGGCGGGGUGCGCGGAGGGCCGGGCGGCGAUCUGCGACGCGGCGGAGGAGAGCGUAGGAGCGGUGGUGGGGCGGAUUAUGAAGGCCGGGAGGGAAGGGGCGGAGGCGGCGGUGGCGGUGUUGUGGAUGGUGUGCCACUACUUCGGGGACCGCCGGGCGGUGGACGCGGUGGCGGCGGCUGAGGGCGGGCUGACGAAGAUAUUGCUGUUGAUGCAGAGCGGGUGCUCGAUGGCGACGAGGCAGAUGGCGGCAGAUUUGCUCAAGAUUUUCAGAGUGAAUUCUAAGAGUUGUCUUGCGGGAUAUGAUACCAAGACUACCCACAUCAUGCCCUUCUAGACGUUGAUUCAGAGAAGAUCUUCUCUCCCCCCACACCCACCAAAAAGAAAAAAAACAGAGGAUUUUUUGUAGAUGGAUAGAGAUUUUUGAAUUUUGAUUAAUCAAAUGAGAUAGAAAGAAAUGGAGGAUCCUCUCAUUCCAUUUUGCUGACAAAUUUCAUAAUUUUCCCUUGUUUUCACAGUAAUGGAAAAAAAAAUUUUGUUUUCUUUUUCUCUAUCAA